AUGACCUCCCGCACGCCCGCCACCGCCUCCGCCACCGCAAGCAAGCCGUCGACGGCACAGCAGCCAGGCCACCCAACACGCCUGCCCGGCUCAGUCUCGUCGCUCAAGGUACAACUCUCGGCCUCGGAACUGCUUCGACAGCAGCAGCAGCGGCAGCCCCACCCCGCCCCCUCGUCGCCCUCGCCCUCGUCUUCGUCCUACAGCUUCACAACGCCCCAGCAGCUGCGCAACCAGCAGCGCGCCGGUCACCUCGCAUCCACCCUCACCGCCUCGAUCCAGCCCACCGACGUACAGCUGCUCGCCACCUCGAUCCUGGGCAACCAGCAAAGGCAGCGCCUCACCCUCGAGUGGUCCGAGAAACUCAUCAACCUCCCCGCCUCGUUCCACCCGGCCCACACCGGAGCGGGCAGGGGCGUCAGCCGCGAGACGCUCAAGCGCGCACUCACCUUUCUCUCGCCCUCGUCCUGGCUAAACGUCCUCGACGAACGGUACCUCGCCGGCUCCUGCCCUUACCCCUCGUGCGACAACGCCGCACCCGCAGCGACAGCGGCAUCAGCCAAGGGCUCUUCAAGGGUCGGCAGCAGCAGCAGCAGCAGCAGCAGCAACACCGCCAGCGCCAGACCCGCGCAGUAUCGCAUCUCGCUCAAGUCGAGGACAGUCAGCCGCAACACUGCCGAGGAUCCCGGCGAUCGACAGACAUUCUGCUCGCAAAGAUGCUGGAAGCGAUCCCAGUGGGUCCGGCAGUGGGUCCUCAAAGAUCGAGGCGAGAUCGCAGCCGGUCCCGAUCUGAAUGCCGCGGGCAACGCUACCGGCGAUCAGGGAGGCCGCUUCGAGAGGCUCAUGGACCAGGACGCCUGGAGGGAGAUUGAACUGCUCGAAGAUCUCGAAGAGAGCGGCGAGAUGCAGAGACUCCUCGCGCGGCCAGAGGAGGCCGUCCCACAGCAGCAGGAGCAGCAGGGCAAAGGGCCACUUCAGGAUCGAGCGCAGGCCGGCGUCGUUGUCGCUCCCCCGCCGAAGUCGUCCGACGCCAUGUGCCCUGCAACGGCACCAGCAGCGCCGAGCGACGCGCGCAAAGCGGCAAAGGACCAAUCACAGUCGUCGCAGACGCCAAAGACGACCAAAAAGCCCGCAUCCAAAGUCGACUAUGACACCGACCUACCUUCUUUCAUCGGCGCACGGUUCCACGGUCAGCCCGCCACCACCGACACCGCCAAGCGGAGACCGACACUCGGUCGGACAUCACGAGACGACCAGAAUGGCAAGAUAGACGAAGGCCACGACGACGACGACGACGACGACGAGGAUGCCGAUCUGGUGCUCGGCCUCACGUCGUCGUCGCGCAACAUGGGCACAAAGCGGGGCGUCCAGGCCAUCCUUGCCACCUCGUCCCGUGCCGUCGACGCCGACGCCGGAGCCGAGCAUGAUGACGGCGGCGAUGACGAUGACGAGGGCGACGACGAGGCAGAGGUGGACCCAGAGGUGCUGCAAGAGCGGAGACAGACGCAGAGGAUGCUCGACGAGGCGUUGCAGGUCAGGCGGCAGCAGAGGGAGCUGGGACUCUUGGAUUGA